AUGAUUCGGCCGUUCAAGGCCCUGGUAUUCUUUGAAGAUCAGCUCCGCCAGAUCCAUCAGGUGCUUCUGGAGAAGCAUCGAGGGGCACAGUCGAAGUCGCCCGAGGCGAAAAAGGACGAGGAGACAGCAGGCUCAGGGGAGAAAGAAGCUCGAAACCCCGUGAGCGAGGUACUGAAAGACGAGUUCACCUCCUCAGAAACCGCACUCGAGCAGCUGCAGGUGUUGAUCAAUUUUCUUGACGUGGAUGUCAAAGCCAAGAUGGAUUACGUCCGCAGCGAGCAAUGCCACCGGGUCUCCUUUGCUGAUGUCUGGUAUCUUUUUCGACCCGGGGAUGAGGUUGUCGACCAGGUAGGGAAGCAAGCAUAUCGGGUCAUCGGCGUCACCAGCUCGCCACAUAAAGUGAUGUCUCCCUACCGAAACUGGGAAACAUCCAGCAAAGAUGAACCUACGGUGAUGCUGCAAUGCGUUCACAUCGACUUUGACGGUAAAUAUCUCGGGCCGGUGCUGCAAACGUUCCGGAUCGCACGGUUCGACGGCGAGAAGGCCAUCACCUCGCUUCGCGUCUUCCCUAUCCGCCUGGCGGGCACGAGAGCGGGCGACCUGACGAGCAUCGUGGAUGUUCGCCAAAAGCUCAUCGCCCGUGGCAAGAUGUUCAUUGAUGUCUUGGCCAAGAAGCACAUGCACUACAGUGGACUGACGCUGGAGACUCGCGAUGAAGUGGACGGCCAAGUGGUGAUUGACUUCGAGAAGGCCUUUGAGAGCGAAGACAAGUCCAAGCAGCCGGCCGAACUUGGCGACAAUAACGGCGGGGACGGUGGAGAGGAAGAGCUGGAGAAGGUGUGGCGGCCAAAGAUCCGUAGUCUGAUCAGCAUCGAGGUCCCUGAUAAUCCCGCAUCCGACUGCACGGCCGCGUGCUGCGCCAGAGAACGCGUCCACAAAGACCUCUAUGCCGAGCAGAAGCGGAACGAACACUAUCGCAACAGCCUCAUUCCAGAGGAGCUAUCCCAGCAGCCCUCUGCUGCCAUUUACCCUCGGGUGAAGAAUUCCCGAGCCUCCGACGACGCCCUUUCAGAUGAUGAUUUUGUGAUCAUGAGUUAUCGAGUGUUCGGCUUCAGUCUGCGAAGUCGCAAAUGGGGUAUGCCACAGCCGUGUCCGGAGAUUGUAAAGUUCCGCGAGACGGCUUUCGAUCAGCUGGUGCUGGAGGAAGGACACAAGAAGAUGCUCUUGUCUUUGGUCGCACAACAUUACCGUGACAAGGAGUCACCCACCGCUGCGAAUGAGCAAGUCGAUAUUGUGCGCGGAAAAGGCAAGGGACUGAUUAUUCUACUCCACGGCGCUCCCGGAGUGGGUAAGACCACCACGGCAGAGGGCGUGGCCGAGCUCUUUGAGAAGCCUCUUUUCCAGAUCACUUGCGGUGACUUGGGCACCACGGCCGAGAGCGUUGAGCAUGCUCUCGAAACAAACUUCGCCUUGGCUCAUCGAUGGGGCUGUAUCCUCUUGCUGGAUGAAGCUGACGUGUUCCUGGCGAAGAGAACGCCCCAGGAUUUCAAGCGGAAUGGCUUGGUGUCCGUCUUUCUGCGGGUGCUUGAAUACUAUGCCGGAAUUCUCUUCCUCACGACAAACCGCAUUGGCGACUUCGACGAGGCGUUUGGAUCCCGUAUCCAUAUCAGUCUUCACUACCCCCAGUUGACGCUCCCAGCCACGAGAGAGAUUUUCUUGCUGAACAUGAGGCUCAUCCAGCAGCGAUUCACGGAAAAGAAGCGAAACAUUACGGUCGAUCGGGACGCCAUCCUGGCGAUGGUGGAGAAGUAUUGGAAGACGCACAAGAAGAUGCGCUGGAACGGCCGACAGAUCCGCAAUGCGUGUCAGACAGCUUUGGCCCUGGCUGAAUUUGAGGCUGGAGGCGGCAGUCAUGAGAAGAUCAUCGAUCCGACCGCAGAGGUCAGGCUUAGCGUCACGCAUCUCGAGACAGUGUCCAAGGCCUACCUUGAGUUCAUGCAGUAUCUGAGGAAGCUCUACAAGGUGGAUCAAGACCGCUUGGCGCAGCGACGGGGUGUCCGGGCG